AUGAAUAAGUCCAAUGUUGCUUUUUUGAAUACAACAAACAAAAACAUCAUGUUAAAUAAAACCGAAAUAGUAUUUGAAAAUGAAAAUGACACACAAAAAGAGGUUCCUGUAGGUGUUGAAAGUCGUGAAUUAAUAUGUGUUGGGAAUGUUGGUAAAAACACUUUGAAAGUGCAAUUUUCAUAUAAAACAACAAAUGAAAAAUACAAAAUACGAGUCGAACCACCAAUUGUUGUUAUAAAGAAAGGUACAGCAGUCGAAUUCGAAAUAUAUAUGCGCCCAAAUUACUCAUGUCACAUUAAUGACAAAAUAGUGUUGGUUUCUGUAGAUAUAAGGAAAGGUGUUACAUCCGAAAUACCAAUUAAUGUAAAAGCAACCACACAAAUUUCAACACGCCUUGAUCCUGAAGAAUUGAAUGAAGAGAAAAAAAUUGGAGAAGGAAGUUUUGGAAUAGUUUAUAAAGGUAUUUUCAGAGGAAACAUGGUGGCUAUUAAAAAGAUGAAAUUCACCACAGAUAACCAACAUUCCAUUGAUGAGUUUGAAAGUGAAGUAGCCAUGUUAGACAAAUUCAGGUGUGAUUACAUUGUCCAUUUCUAUGGUGCCGUUUUUGUACCACACAAGAUGUGUAUGGUGACUGAAUUUGCACAAUUUGGGAGUUUACAAGACUUAAUUAAACAUAAAACAAAAGAAGAAAUUGAAACUAAGUUACGAGUCAAAAUGUUACUUGAUGCAGCUAAAGGUAUUUCAUAUUUGCAUGAGAACGGGAUAUUACACAGAGACAUUAAACCAGACAACAUUCUUGUGUUAUCACUUGAUGUAAAUGAAAAAGUGAAUGCAAAAUUGACUGACUUUGGAAGUGCAAGAAAUGUGAAUAUGUUGAUGACUAACAUGACUUUCACUAAAGGUAUAGGUACUCCAGUAUAUAUGGCACCAGAAAUAUUAAGACAAGAAAAAUACAAGAAACCAGCUGAUAUAUAUUCAUUUGCAAUGACUAUGUAUGAAGUGUUUGAAUGGAAAGAAGCCUACGCUCGUGAACAGUUUAAAUACCCAUGGGCAAUAGCAGAGUUUGUAAUAAGUGGAAAAAGAUUACAAUUCAAUGAAAAUAUAUUUAAAGAAUGUUCUGAUAUAAUCCAAAACUGUUGGUGUCAAACCCCAUCUGAAAGAUUGUCAAUUGAAUCUGUUUCACAAAAAUUGGAACUGUUAACUACAAACAUAACUUAUUAA